AUGGUGGCCAACAAGCCGGCGGUCUCCCGGUGGCUGCACCGCCUGCUGGCCGAGUCCGGCGGCGGGGACCUCGUGUGCGUGCGCCUCGGCCCCGUCCACGUGGUGGCCGUGUCGUGCCCCGCGAUGGCCCGCGAGGUGCUGCGCAGGAACGACGCCGUCUUCGCGGACCGCCCCGCCACGUUCACCGCGGCCGCGUUCAGCGUCGGCUACCGCAGCGCCAGCAUCGCCCCGGCCGGGGACCAGUGGAGGAAGAUGCGGCGCGUGCUCACCGCCGAGGUCCUCGCGCCGGCCACCGAGCGCCGCCUCCGCGCCGCAAGGGAGGGGGAGGCCGACCACCUCGUGCGCUACGUCCGCGCGCUGUGCUGCCGUGCCGUCGACGUGCGCCACGUUGCCAGGCACUUCUGCGGCAAUGUCAUCCGGAGGCUCACCCUGGGGCGGCGCCACUUCGCGUUCGCGAGCCCCCAGCCGGCUGCGGCCGCCGGUCCCAGGCGCGACGAGGCGGAGCACGUGGACGCGCUCUUCGCGACGCUCAGCUACCUCGACGCCUUCUGCGUCUCCGACUACUUCCCGGCGUUCGUCGGUCUCGACCUCGACGGCCACGAGCGGGUCGUCAGGCGGGUGAUGAGGACGCUGAACCGCCUGCACGACCCCGUCGUCCAGGAGAGGGCCGAGGAGUGGCGUCUGCUGCGGAAGGCCGGCGAGCGACGCGACGUCGCCGACUUCCUCGACGUCCUCGCCUCGCUCGACGACGCGGCGGGCCGGCCUCUGCUCACCGUCGAGGAGAUCAAGGCGCAAACCAUCGCAAGCUAA